CUAGGUGUCGGGAACUCCAGCUUCUAUGGCAACGGUCUACUGAUGAUCGGAAAGUACUUUCGAAAAUAUAGGUCACUGGCCACUGGGAUUGGACUGGCCGGAGCAAGUGUGGGGCAGUUCGUCAUGCCGCCGGUCAUAGAGUACCUCCUGGAGACGUAUGGGUUGGGAGGAACUCUUCUGAUCAUAUCUGCCAUGUACUUCCACGCCUGCAUCUCGGGGGCUUUGUUCCGACCGAUAGAGCAGUAUGGACCAGAGGAGAGGGUAGUCCCCAAGCAGUAUGGACCAGAGGAGGUGGUAGUCCCCAACAUUCCUGAGGAGACCCAGGUAUGAAAUGGACAAACUUGAAAAACUUGCCACAAAAACAGUUUCAUCUCUUUUUCUACAAUAAAUCCAUUUUGUCUCUUUUCUACAAUAAACCCAUUUUGUCUCUUUUCUACAAUAAAUCCAUUUUGUCUCUUUUCUACAAUAAAUCCAUGCUUUUUCUCAUCCAGAAUAAAUCCAUUUAUGCCUCAUCCACAAUUAAUCCAUUUUGUCUCUUCUACAAUAAAUCCAUUUUGUCUCUCAUCCACAAUAAAUCCAUUUUGUCUCUCUUCCACAAUAAAUCCAUUUUGUCUCUCAUCCACAAUAAAUCCAUUUUGUCUAUCAUCUACAAUAAAUUCAUUUUCUCUAUAAUCUACAAUAAAUCCAUUUUGUCUAUCAUCUACAAUAAAUUCAUUUUGUCUAUCAUCAAAAAAUAAAUCCAUUCUGUCUCUCUUCUACAACAAUUGGCGCAUGGACUGAGCUCCACCACGACCGCCAAGCCUGCCACGGGGUGGAGGCGUCUGUUUGACUUCAGCGUCCUCCGCAGCUAUUUGACUCUUCAUUUCAGUCUUGUUUCGUUUCUCUGUUUCUUUGGCUUCUUUAACUUCAUCCUGUUCCUGCCGGCCAUCAUUGCACAGAAAGGCAUUGAAGGUUAUGACAAGGCCAUGCUGCUCUCCAUCUGUGGAGUCGGUGACCUCAUAGCCAGAAUUGGGACUGGGAUAUUCGCAGACCUCAACCUCAUAGCCAGGUACAAGAUAAAAGCCAUGGCUUGCCUGUUGAGUGGCGUCGACAUUUUCAUAUUUUUGUUUGCUGAUUCCUUCCCCUGGCUGGGAUUUUAUUCCUUUUUGUUCGGAUUUCUCGGAGGCAGCUACGUCUGCUUGAUGUCUGUUGUCAUUGUGGACUUCGUUGGUCUCGCUCUGAUGUCCAAGAACCUUGCUGUUAUUCUCCUUAUACAAGGAGUUGGGGCGUCGAUUGGUCAGAUAUUCUUAGGUAAGAAUUUAUUGAUAAUAUAUAUCAACGAUUUUAUACUUUUGAAAACGUAAAAAAAAAAAAUACUUUCGUAAUUAUUUUCCAUUAAUUAAGUUAAAUUCUAAUUUUAGCAGUGGUUUAUCUUUAUUUGACAUGUCAGUCAAAAAAAAAUUACAUCAGAAACUUUGAUUUUUUUAAUGAACUUAAAACAUAUAAGUACUUGCCUGCAAAAUCAUUAUUUCUGGUCUGUGCAAAUAUUCAUCACAUCAUUUUAUUUAAUAUUUAACUUUCAUACUUGAGUUUCAUUCUGAAAACAGAUUAUGUUAAUUAUUUGACCAUUUGUCACACUUCAAAUUAAAAGGGGAGAAUAAGCAUGUUAAUUUUAUGCAACAAUUAUUACAGAUUAUCUGAAUUUUUUUUUUUUUUUUGACAAGUAAUAAUCAAGAAUAUUUUAAAAUCAAACUGUCUGAAAAUGUGUAGAGCAAUCACCAAAUGGCAGCCAGGUUAAAUAUUCACUCUGUUGUCACACAGGUUGGAUCAGGGAUUUGUCUGGCUCCUUCAACAUCGUCAUCAUCCUGUGUUCACUCAGCAUGGCGUCUGGGGGCCUCUUACUGCUGGCGUACCCUUUUGUCAGAAGGCGGGAG